AUGUCCCGAGACACCAACGACCACACAACCCACACCGAGACGCCCCGCCUCCUCUUCAUCUACGAGAAGACUUACGCCGGAGAAUACCGGCUGUGCAGCGAGACCGGCCUUCCCAUCUCUGAAUCCUCGCCGCUGGGGAGCCUCAACAACAGGAAGAUUGUCGAAGAUGAGAAUUUGCUUGUUUCUGUGAGCAAGACCAUUCCGGAUGACUGUUUCUACAUUGCUAGUUACAAAAAGUGGGCAGAAAGUAUAACGUCUUGA